UGUAAGCGAAAGUGCAAGGAUGCAGUGCUAUUGGCUUAUUGUCGCACUGACGGCGCUGGCCGCCGCUCAAAGUGCGCCCACGCAAUCUCAGCUGCCGCAGUCAGCAACACAAUUGGCGCUGGACAUGUAUCACGGCUGCCUCAAGGAUCUGAGCGUGUCGUGUGUGCGGCCGAAGGCACUGCAAUGGUUCAACGCCGCGCUGCAGCAACCGGAAGUGAAGCUCACUGACCGUCUGUCCAUUGUGCGCACCACACAACAACUGCCGGUGGCAGCGGCUGAUGCUGACUCCGCCCGUUUGCUCAGUCCGGAGCAGCGUAUGUUCAACAAUAUUGACAGCUAUUUGGCUAGUCACUCCCUGAGAAUUCGAGCGCCUGAAUACUUCCGCAGCUCCGAGGCACGUGCUUUCGUGCCCGACUUCCUGCUGCAGAAUCCACUAACCCAGGGCGGCCUAGUGCCACUUUCUGCUGCCAAUGAGGGUCGCGGCAUGAUACGCAAGGCUGUGCUGCCUUUUUUGCUGGGCUUGAAGCUUAAGACGACGGUGCUGGUGCCACUGGCUUUGGCUUUAAUCGCACUCAAGACCUGGAAGGCCAUGACUUUGGGUUUGCUGUCGCUGGUGUUGUCGGGUGCGCUGGUCAUUUUCAAGAUUGCCAAGCCCAAGAUUGUCAAUUACGAAGUUGUGCACUAUCCGCAUCAGGUGGAGCAUGUGGUGCCGCACCACAUAGAGCAUGUCGUGCCGCAUCAUAUUGAGCACUUUGCACCACAUCACAUUGACCAUCACCUGGAUCAUCAUAUUGAUCACCAUGUCGACUUGCCCGUUGAGCACAUUGAGCACUUGGAGCAUCCAGCGCCCGCCUGGGAUCCGCAUGCCUGGGCACGCUCCUCGCAGGAGCCGCAGGACGCACAGGACAUGGCCUAUGCGGCUCAGAAGCGGCGCUAA